AUGAUAGUAAACAAAGAAACUGCUGUAGAAGAAAAGUACGCCAAACUGACCAUUGAAGAAGGUGUUGAAGUUAAAAUUGUCGACGAAGAAAGUAAGUUGGUAUCCAGAGGAACUCCUGGAGAGAUCUGUGCGCGAAAUGCCUCGGUUUUUUUGGAAUACUUAGGUAGCCCUGAAGCUACCAAGCGAACCAAAUCAUCGACAGGAUGGGUUCACAUGGGAGAUACAGGAAUCAUGUAUGAUGAUGGUAAGAUCGAGAUGAUUGGAAGAAAGACAGAAAUUAUCAAACGAGCAACCGUAAAGAUUUUUCCUGCCCACAUUGAAAAAGUUCUGUUGCAGCACCCACAAGUGGCAGAUGUUGUUGUGGUUGGAAUUCCUGAUCAGCAGUUGCACGAGGAGGUCUGCGCAUGCCUAAUUCUACGCGAGGAUACAGAAAGUGAUGGUUGGGACGAGGAGGCAAAAGUUCUAGAGAUAAGGGAAUGGUUGAUAAGUUAUAGCAGCUUCUUAAAGGAAGAACGUGUCAUUGACAAGAUGUCGAAGAUGAGCUAUGAGCAUAAACCCCAUAAGAGCCCCAUGGAUGGUCGACUUUGGCAUCAAAUGCUUGACUCCAAGGCUGAACAGUAUCCAGACACUGAAGCAGUGAUCAUGUAUGAUAUGGACAUGAAUCGAUCGGCCAUGACGUUCGCUGAAUACAGAGACAGAUCCACCUACCUUGCUGCAUCCCUUCUUGAGCUUGGUCUAUCMCGUGGACAACGCGUGUUGUUAGUAGGACAAACAAGUCUGCGCUACAUUGUGUUUGUGAUGGCUCUGCACCGCAUCGGUUCUAAUGCCAUCCUACUGGGUSCAGGAGAKGUAACGCCUGAYAAAGUAAGACUUCUAAAGACACUUAACUGUAGAAUGAUUGCUUACGAUCCAGAAAUGAAGGAAUCACAAAGGAAGCAGCUGUUUGAAGGAAUCAACCUGCUGACUCAACACAAUAUAGAUAACAGCAUUGAMAAGCAGAUUGUUAUUUCUUUGAGUACCUUUUCUGGGGAGUGUGGAGGCGACCAAUCUAUUACCUACGAGGGCCUCAUGACAAGUGGCCAGUCCCAAGACCUAGAGAAACUUAAAAAAGCUCAAAACGAAGUUCAGUUUGAUGAUCCUAUUGUGGCAUUGUUUACUUCAGGUAGCACAGGGGAAUCAAAAGCAGUACAACUAACCACGCAUUCUAUUCUAAAUUUUUUCACUGGUGCUUCCUUUGGUCUUAGAAAAGAGAUUUGCUACAAUGACCGUCCAGUGUCCUGGGGAGGUGGCUAUGAUGGGAACCUUGUUAACCUGCGCUUUGUGAACACAUCUACAGUAAAAGCUCCCACCCAAAUGGCUGUUUCCGAGGCGUUAUGCGAGGGUGUUUUUAAAAUCUGGGAAAAAGAAAAGUGCACAGUGUGCUUACUCAAUCCGGUUUUGGUCCAAAAGCUCUUAACGGGCUCGAUGCACCUAAAAUAUGACCUUAGUCACAUUGGUGUGUUUAGUAUGAUUGGUCAGCGGUACAGCUUGGAUAAAGUGGCAGCACUCACCAAAAUAUUCCCUAAAGUAGCAAUAGUACUAUCGUAUGCGUCUACGGAGUCGUGGUUACUUGCAAAAAUGAUAGUAAACAAAGAAACUGCUGUAGAAGAAAAGUACGCCAAACUGACCAUUGAAGAAGGUGUUGAAGUUAAAAUUGUCGACGAAGAAAGUAAGUUGGUAUCCAGAGGAACUCCUGGAGAGAUCUGUGCGCGAAAUGCCUCGGUUUUUUUGGAAUACUUGGGUAGCCCUGAAGCUACCAAGCGAACCAAAUCAUCGACAGGCUGGGUUCACAUGGGAGAUACAGGAAUCAUGUAUGAUGAUGGUAAGAUCGAGAUGAUUGGAAGAAAGACAGAAAUUAUCAAACGAGCAACCGYRAAGAUUUKUCCUGCCCACAUUGAAAAAGUUCUGUUGCAGCACCCACAAGUGGCAGAUGUUGUUGUGGUUGGAAUUCCUGAUCAGCAGUUGCACGAGGAGGUCUGCGCAUGCCUAAUUYUACGCGAGGAUACAGAAAGUGAUGGUUSGGACGAGGAGGCAAAAGUUCUAGAGAUAAGGGAAUGGUGUAAGAGACAGUGGCCUCCUGGACCAGAUGGGCUGAGYUUGACACCCAAAUAUUUUCUUCCAAUGAAAAACUUCCCCKUAUUAGAAAGAACAGGRAAGACGUUUGUGCGAGGRGUUAAGGAUUAUGCUUUAAAARMSCUUAACGUUUAG